AGUAUUGAAACUGAGAUCAUCUAGUUAGCAUAUAGGAAUGUACAGAACAGAAAAAAAAGUGUCAAAAUGUGAAGUUUGUGAUACCAUUGAUAAUCUUUUAGUAUGUGGGGCCUGUCGACUAUCUUACUAUUGUGGAAGGGAUCAUCAAAAAUCGGACUGGGAUAACCAUCAACAAAUUUGUAAACAGAGGACAGAACAAUCAUGGUCAGACUUAAACUUUGAAAAUGUGUUAAAAGAUACUUCUUUAAAUAAACACUGUGAAAAAAGUUCAAAAUUAACAGAAUAUAUAGUGGAGUGUAUGAAUAAAUAUGGUAUAUGCGUUCUGGAUAAUUUCUUUUGUGAACCUCGUGCCGGAGACAUUUUAAAUGAAGUUAAGUCUUUAAGAUCUCAAGGUGCCUUUACAGAUGGUCAGUUGGUUUCUCAACCUGCAACAACGGGUAAGGUCAGAGGUGAUCAAAUAUUAUGGUUAGAGAAGAAUGAUAAACAUCCAUAUAUUACUUCCUUUAUUGAGAGAUUAGAUUCUAUUGUCAUGGAUUGUGCAAAAAAGCUUAAACAGUAUCAAAUAGGUGGCAGAACAAAGGCAAUGAUAGCCUGUUAUCCUGGUAACGGUACAGGAUAUAUGAGACAUAUCGAUAAUCCAAAUGAGGACGGAAGGUGUCUUACUACUAUAUAUUAUCUAAAUAAAAACUGGAACACACAAACUGAUGGUGGAUUACUUAGAAUAUUUCCUGAGGUGUUCAAUCAAGUUGCAGACAUUGAACCAAAAUUUGACAGAUUAUUAUUCUUUUGGUCUGAUAGAAGAAUGCCUCACGAAGUUUUACCUACGUAUAAGGAGAGAUAUGCAAUUACUGUUUGGUAUUUUGAUACCGAAGAGCGGGCCAGGGCAAUUAGAAGGGUGCAAAAUACUACAUAAAUCUUCAAGACAAGCAUAGUUUACACAUAUAUCUUUUUUUUUAAUGCUGAAAUUUGAAAUUUCAUCGAAUCAACACAAGUAAUACAGAUAGAACCCAUUUUCCAAUUGAAAAACAAGAGUUUACAUAAUAUUGUGUGAUAGUUCGAUCAUUCAAAAGAAAAUUCUCCUUUGACCUUCAGAUGGUCAAAAGUACCAUUUUUCGGUUCGCCCUAACAUGCCUUGUCGAUCUAUCGCUCCAGUGUCUUGAAAUCGCACGAUUCGAUCUACGUUAUUCAUAAGGAUUGUCCUCUCCGGAUACAGUAAAAUUGAAGCAUUUUUCUUUGAGGUAUGCAACUCGGAGCAGACUGUAUGUGAAGUAUGCAUUUUGUUUAUGAUAUCCUUUACUUUAUCUUUUGGGGCAGUUUUCUCUCUGAAUCUUGUAUCUAAGCCUUCGAUGACAGGAUAAGCUUUCGUUCCGUAGUUCUGUGGGGUCUUUGGCUCAUAGAUUUUACAUAGCUCACCUCCCGAGCUACUCUUCGUAUGCGUUUUGUGUAAACGAUCAACUAUUUGCUUCGUCUGUAGAAUAAAUAUAGGCUUAAUUUUUUUUUCUUAUUGAAUAAGACAUACAAUUGAAGAAAAGACGACAAUAAUAAUGUAUUGAAAAAGGAUUUAAGCUAAUAAUAAGAAUAAAAGAUUUACUUACAUCUUCUUCGCUCUCGAAAGGUUUGGAAAUGGUAUCCCUCGGUCUUUGAUGCCCUACAGCUCCACUACUAGAUUGUGUGUGUGUCUGUUGAAAACAUUUGAAUUGAAUAUUUACUUUUAACAAAUAUCCCAUUUGUCUUAUAGGCUAACUUACAGUAUGCAAUCUGUCGAUAAUGU